GUAAUUAGAAUGAAAGAGACUCUCCUUCUAAAAUGCUUGCUUGGCCCAUUUAUGGAAAUGAAGAAUGUCGAUGCACAUCACUAAAUAGUAAGCCUUGUUUAUGCUCUCCACGUUAGGAAAUAAUCUCAUUUAAAGGUACCAGGAACGUGCUGAUUAGGUGUUGAUUAGGUGUUGCAUCUUGCAUGUUAUACCUUAUAAAUCUUCCUCAUACUUUAUCACAUAAAAUGGUUUGUCAUUGAAAAACGUCGGUAUUAUUUCUCAUGUUGUGCAUUAGAGGCUUUCAAUUGCUUAUCUUAAAAUGAGUAGGAAUUAUCUGCAUUUAGGUUCUAUUUAGAAAGGAAUCACUUCAGCAGAUCUUUCUCAUCCUUUGAGAAAGUGCAAGAAUAUAGGAAGAGAUAUUGUUUUGCAUGUUAUUCCAGUUCAGAGCCUGGUUAAUGGUAUUGCGAAAACUGACAAAAGAAAGGUGGAGAUGUAUCUAAUUCUGGAGUUCUUUCCUUUUUUUUUUUUUUUUAAACUGUUUCACAUUGGUUGUUCUUUUUUUGGCUGAACCUUUAAUGAAGCUCAGACCUGGUAUUAGUGUCUUGUGUAUAGAACAAAAUAAACAAUUCAUUUGUUUCAUGUGCCCCUUCAUUUAAAUAUGAGAAUGCUUUCUUGCUGAUUGAAUAUUCUUCAGAAAGCAAUAGUUAUUAGAGCAAACCUCUUAGUAGAGUUAUUUACAUGAGAGUGAAUCUAACAAACUUGGGGUAAGAAGUUAGUCUUAGAAAUUGUUAACCGCGUGUGAAGUCUAAAAAGCCAUCCUUUUCCUUAAUGCAAGAUUUAAAGGCUCUCUUAUUUCUAUCUCUUGACUAAGAAAAAGACUAAGAUUUGGAUUGGGAUUCAAUUCCAUGGUCACCACAUCUUAUCUGCAUCUUUUCCAGCAUAUCCAUGUCCAAAGGAGAUCUAGUCUGAGGGCAACAUAUCGGUGGGUGAUCUGAGGAUUCUCAUUGACUUUGCCAUAGCUAGUAUCUCUUUGUAUGCACCCUUCUUGUUUUUGGUUUCUUUUUGUAUGUUGGCUAUUUGGAAACCCUCCCAGGGCAAUCACACAUGGCGAAAACUUGUGAUGCCAAAUAGUUCCAUAUGGUUUUCAUCUAAGCAGCUAAUACCCCCUGCCUUCUUUGGACAGAGUCCUUCCCUGUCUCUUUGUUACCAGCUAUAUUGCGCACUCCUUGCUGAUUUUGAAGUCUUUGAAGGCAUAUAUUCUCGAGCUCGCAUUGAAGAUACUGAUUCAGUAUGUCUAUGGCUGGGAGCAAAUGUUAUAUUGGAGUAUUCAUGUGAAGAGGCCACAACCCGUCUACAAAAGAACUUAGAAAAUGCUAAAGCAAGUUUAGAAGUUCUUGUUGCUGAUCUACAAUUCUUAAGGGAGCAAGUAACAAUCACGUGGGUUAUGAUUGCUCAUGUGUAUAAUUGGGAUGUUCACCAAAAGAGAAUCCGUCAAGCUGGUGUCCUGCCAAAGACCUUUAAAGGAGUCGUUUCAGCUCGGAUCAUGGUAGGAGAAUGCGUACUCCUGAAUGAGAGUAUGACUUUGAUCUCCCCAUUUUCGAUUAGGUGAAUGAAUUAUGUACCGCUCUGCGAUCGCAAUGGUUAAAACCGACUACGAGUGAUUUUGGUUAGGUUGAGUUAGAUUUACUGCAUUACACAAAACUUGUCAUGUAAAUGAUUUAGAUUGAGAACCUCUUGGGCUUGAGUUUUCACUUAUUGUGUGCAGUGUGCUAGUUUCGAGUUAAUGUUGGAUCCAUCAAUGUUUUGUCGUUUCAUCUUGACUAUGUAUGUUUAGUAAGAACCAAUUUAAAUUUGAAUUCGGGGGAGAAA